AUGUCAGGCGAGCCAGAACAGAAAGCGCAGGAUCCUACCGCCCAUGAACAGAUGAUGGACAGCGAAAAGCACGUUAAGCGUAACCCGCAUGGCAACUUCAAAGAAGUCGAAGGUGGCAGACCGGACUGGCGAGCCAACGAGAAAUUCGCAUUCACGAAAACGAAGAAUCCAUCUUGGAAAGUCGGACAGGGCGCCAACGAUGGUGGCGAAAGUCUGAAGUAUGAUCAUGUCGACAUCGAUCCAUACGAAGACGGUAGGCCGGCCACCUUCAACUACAAGCUACUUAUCUCGGCCAUUAUACCACGACCCAUCGGCUUUGUAAGUACUCGAUCUAAGGACGGCAGCAGCACGAAUCUAGCACCUUUCUCGUAUACGCAAAUGGUCAAUCACGAUCCGCCUAUCUUCAUCGUCGGCUAUGCUGGUGGUUUCGACAAGGCAAAAGACAGUCUGAAGAACCUCAUGGAAUCCAAGGAAUGUACUAUCAACAUGAUUUCAGAGCACUAUAUUGAAGCUGCAAACGCCACGUCAGUAAACGCCCCGUAUGGCGUCUCAGAAUGGGCUCUCACAGGUUUGACUCCGGCACCUUGCAAAGAUGUCAAAGCGAGCAGAGUCAAGGAAGCUGUAUUCAGUGUCGAAGGCAAGCUCGUGGACACGAAGGAGUUCGAGAGCCGGGCCACGCCUGGUAAGAAGACUGGUGUGAUGGCUAUUAUUGAGGGUGUACGUUUCUGGGCACGCGAGGAUGCCAUCAAUGAAGAGCGGAACAUCAUCGAUCCUGCCAUCUUACGACCAAUGUCUCGUCUUGGCGGUAUAACGUAUGGCCGACUUACGGAAGGCGUAGAGAUUCCGCGACCGGACUGGGAUGAUCUCAAGCAAGAAGCUGAGUCGGCUGGUCUGGUCAAGCCGAAGAGUGAUGGGCAAUGA